CAAUCGUCGACGGAACAAAAGUUUUGAGCCUGCAGAUGACUCGCACCCUGCUAGUCGUGAGUGACUAGAACAGUCAAGACUCUCCGUCCCAGCUGCGGUUGUCUGGUUAUUCAUUGUUGACUAUGGCCUCAUCAUUGCGAAUGGCAACUUUGCGAGCUGCUCUCCAAAGCCGCCUCUCCCACUCGUGGACACGGACGUACUCUUCAUCAGCAGCUAAUCUACACACUUCGCCUUUUGCUCCACGGCAUUUGCUUUCCAUCGCAGACUUGACACCAGGUGAACUCAGUACUCUUGUUCGCAAUGCAGCCUCCCACAAAAACUCCAUCAAAUCAGGGCAGAUCCCCAAAUCCCUUCUUGGCUCUUUGGCUGGCAAAACAGUCGCCAUGACCUUCUCGAAACGCUCAACCCGAACGCGAGUUUCUACCGAGGCUGCUGUAGCGCUGUUGCAAGGUCACCCAAUGUUUUUGGGAAGUCAAGAUAUUCAACUUGGCGUGAAUGAAUCUCUGCGGGACACUUCAGUCAUCAUAUCUUCCAUGACGAGCUGCCUCGUCGCCCGAGUCGGGCCACAUAGCGACGUUGAAGGCCUUGCGAAAUGGAGCAGCGUGCCCGUGAUAAACGCCUUAAGCGAUCUCUACCACCCACUGCAAACAAUUGCAGACUAUCUCACUAUUCACGAAGUUUUCCCUUCUAAUUCCUCAGCCAGCUUGGAUUCAUUGGGCCUCCAGGGUCUGAAGAUAGCCUGGGUUGGAGACUCAAAUAAUGUGCUCUUUGAUCUCGCCAUCGGAGCUGCAAAGUUGGGCGUUGAUCUGGCCGUUGCUUCACCCGAGGAAUACGGGAUCCCUGGCUCGGUGCGCCAGGUAAUUGAAUCUGCUCGUGUUGCAUCUCCACACAAAUCCUCAAAGCUUAUUGAAACUACCAUACCGGAGGAAGCCGUUAAAGACGCCGACAUUCUCGUGACCGACACAUGGGUAUCCAUGGGUCAGGAAGAAGAGGCCAAGACGCGGCUCAAAGCCUUUGAAGGAUAUCAGAUCACCAAUGAGCUAGCAAAGAGAGGGGGAGCGAAGCCUGGGUGGCGGUUUAUGCAUUGUCUGCCACGCCACCCCGAGGAAGUUAGUGAUGAAGUGUUCUAUGGUGAUCGGAGCCUGGUGUUCCAGGAAGGGGAGAACAGACUGUGGGCCAUGGUUAGUGCGUUGGAGGGCUUCGUAGUGAAUAGAGGCAAAAUUGUAGAAUGAUUGAGCCGGGAUUUCACUUGCAUUGAAGUGCACGUUUGCACGGCAUGGGAAACUGCCCUGUGGAGCAUCAACUGACAAUUUGUCGGUGACUCCUUUAGAAAUCUGAUUUGAGCAUAUAUCCGGUAUCAAUUAUCGAGAUUCCUCUGCUAGCACAGAACAAACUGGUCCACGAUUCGCAUCAUUCAUCCCACGAGAAGUGCACGUGGAG